CCAUUAGUAAGAUGGCGACCUCCAUGGCUUAUUUCGUCAGGAAAUGACUUUGCCAAAGAGCGCAGGCUAAGAUUAAUUAUUUCUUUAAAGUAUAUUACUAAAAUCGAGUGUAUUAUCGUUUAUAAUAAGUAUUGCAAAUAUGCAACUAAUUAAAAGGGCAGGGUUUGCUGUGGCAAAUCUUGUAAAAGUCAAUGCAUCAACAAAAUUCUCCAGAACAAGAAAUGUCCGCUGGCUUAGUGACGAGGUAAACAAACGUGUCAGAGCAUUGAAACCUGGUGACAAGCUUCAUGGCUACACAGUCGAAAAGGUUGAAGAAGUCCCUGACUUUUUCAUCACUGCUGUUAUGCUCACCCAUGAUAAGACUGGUGCUCAACAUUUACAUGCUGCUAGGGAUGAUGACAAUAAUGCAUUUAGUGUAACUUUUAGGACAACCCCCCUGGAUAGUACAGGUGUCCCGCACAUUUUAGAGCACACUGUCCUCUGUGGGUCUGAACGUUUUCCAGUCAGAGAUCCAUUUUUCAAAAUGUUAAGCAGGUCUUUGGCCACAUUUAUGAAUGCCUUAACAGCAUACGACUGGACCAUGUAUCCCUUUUCUAGCCAGAAUGAGAAAGACUUCAAAAAUUUGUUGUCUGUGUAUAUGGAUGCAGCAUUUUUCCCAUUAGUCAGAGAGCUAGAUUUUUGCCAGGAAGGUUGGAGAAUUGAACAUACAGAACCAGGAAAUGCAUCUUCACCUAUUAUAUUUAAAGGAGUAGUUUACAAUGAAAUGAAAGGUGUUUUUUCCAAUUCUCAAAAUGUUUAUUGCCAAGAGGCUUUGAGCUCUCUGUUACCCAGUCAUACCUAUGGUGUGGUAUCUGGGGGAGACCCUGCUCAUAUACCAGAACUAACAUAUCAACAACUUAAAGAAUUCCAUUCUACCCAUUACCACCCUAGUAAUGCCAGAUUUUUCACUUAUGGAAAUUUUCCACUAGAGAACCACCUGGAGUUCAUCAAUGGAUACAUCGGUAGAUUUGACAAGAUCGCGCCCAGUGCAGAAGUUCCUAAAGAACCCAGAUGGGACCAGCCCAAAUCCAAAACCAUAUACUGCCCUCCUGACCCAAUGGCAGCAGAUCCAGAAAAACAAAGUACAGUAUCUGUGAGCUAUUUGUUAGCAGAUAUAAAAGACCCCUAUGAAAACUUUGUGGGCAGUUUCUUGGGCCACCUAUUGACAGAGGGGGAGACCUCACCAUUUUACAGAGCUCUACUGGAGCCCAACAUUGGCAGUGACUAUGCUCCAACCACAGGCUAUCAGUCAGAUACCAGGGAGGCUGUGUUUUCUGUUGGGCUUUCAAACAUCAAACCAGAUGAUGUUGAGGAGGUGCUUAAAAUAAUUGAUGAAACUAUUGGCAAAGUUAUCAGUGAAGGGUUUGACAAGAAAAGGAUUGAAGCUUUCUUACACCAGAUUGAACUGGGUAGAAAACAUGAAACUAGCAACUUCGGUUUCAAGUUAACACAGGCUCUGGCCAGUGUUUGGAACCAUAAUGGUGACCCAGUUGAAAGCAUGAAAAUAGAAAGUAUUCUGAAGAGGUUCAAAGAUGAUUUGAGAAAGAACCCCAAGUUUUUACAGGAGCAGGUCAAGCUGUUACUCAAGGACAACCCCCACAAGCUGACCCUAACAAUGCACCCAGAAGACACCUACGCCAGCAAAAGAGACCAGAGUGAGAAAGACAGGCUAGAUCAAAUUGUUACCAAACUCAAUGAUGCUGAGAAGGAAUCUCUGCUUCAGAGAGGUCUAGAGCUCCAAGGAUUACAAAACCUUAAAGAGGAUAUUUCAUGUUUACCAUCCUUGAAAGUCAGUGAGAUCAGUAAGACAAUCAAGCCAGAGGUGAUAGAGAUAAGAGAAGCAGGAGGGUCAUUCAUUCAAGCUUGCAUCCAGCCCACCAAUGGCGUCUCUUACAUUAGCAUGGCAUCAAAUCUAGAGACAGUCCCAGAGGAUUUAAUGCCCUAUGUUCCACUGUUUUGUGACGUCAUUACAAGUAUUGGAGCAGGGGGACAUGAUUACUUAUGGGUCUCUCAACAACAAGAGUUAUACACAGGAGGCUUGAAUGCUUCCCCUUUGAUCGUACCCCACCACACUGAUGAUGGCCGUGUCCAAAGAGCUGUCCUAUUUUCAUCUUUUUGUUUGGAGAAAAACUUUCACAAAAUGAUGGAAUUAUGGACAUUUAUUAUCAACAGCCCUGAUUUCACAGACAGCAAUCGCCUGUCAACACUAAUCAGAAUGGCUGCUAGUAACUUGGCCUCUAGCCUUUCAAACAAUGGACACAGCUAUGCUCUCUCCAGCGCUGCCUCAACUUUAAACAUCACAUCUUCUUUACAUGAAACCAUGUAUGGGUUUUCACAGGUACAAACAAUGAAAAAUAUAGCUGAAAAGGCAGAUCUCAGCGACGUAACAUCUAAGCUGCAAUCAAUCGGUGACGUGGUGUUAGACCAAUCCUCCCUGAGGAUUUCUAUAAAUGCCACACCUACAGCCAUGGAUAGGUCUGUUCAAGCCAUCAAAACAUUCUUGGGGAAUUUGAAAGGAGAAGCUGAGAUGACAAACAUAUUUCCAGAGAUUGACACAAUCAAAGGAACUUCCCAUAAAACACAACUAGAAUUCCCAUUUACAGUGAAUUAUGUUGCCAAGAGUUUUCCUGGGGUUCAGUACACACAUAAAGACUACACACCAUUAACAGUGCUUUCCAACCUCAUGACUAGGAAGUUUUUACAUAGAGAGAUAAGAGAGAAGGGUGGAGCAUAUGGCAGUGGUGCACAGCUUGGUUCGGGUGUCUUCAGCUUUUUUUCAUACAGAGACCCCAACAGCCUGAAAACUCUGGAUGUCUUCAAACGUUGUGUGGAGUGGGCCAGCAAAGGAGAUUUUACAGCUGAAGAUGUAGACGAGGCCAAGCUUGGAGUUUUUCAAAAGAUUGACAAGCCUGUGCCUCCAGGCAGCAGAGGACAGACAAGGUUCAUCUAUGACAUCUCUGAUGAUAUGAGACAGAAAAACAGAGACAGACUUUUUAGAGUAACACCAGAGGACCUGAAACGUGUAACAAAUUUGUAUCUGAAGUCUGAAGGUAUCCCUAAUGGUUGUGCAUUCCUGGGUCCCGCCAAUGAGGCCGUGAGGGCAGACAAGGCAUGGAAAGUUGUCAAAGAAGAAACUGCGAAACCUGCAUCAGCGUAGCUAACAGAAUCAAAGGCUAGUUUGACAGUUUUCAGGCACUCUUGUUGCUGAUGGUGGUAAUAUAGAAA